CAAGUGUGAGGUUCUAAAUAAUUAAAUUAGGGCGUACCUCAGAAACAUUCAGGUCGUUUUGAUGGCCAAAUAUUCUCAAAUUGAUCAUCUCGACCCGAAGAUGCAUGGACAAGGAAAAAACUGGAUUUCAAAGUUUUGAAAAUAAUGCAUCUUGUAAUGCGUUUGGACCGUCAAUUUCCAAGAUUUUCAUAAAUCUGCUCCCCUCUCUCUCGCUCGGAUUGUUCAUCUGAAGUAUGAAUUUACAGGUCCCCUAAAGCAUGGAUUUGAUGAUCAUGUUGCACAGGAUGAUGAUAUAGAGUCCAGAAGUAAAGAGACAUGGGUUCCGGUGAAUCUAAACAUUUAGACUCUCAGCCUGUAGAUGGUAUCACCACAGUCACAGAAAGAAAGGACGACGUGGACCCCCUCCUUCUAAAGCUCAAAUCACUUAAAAUAGCAACUCCAAUACUGAAAGCCCCACCAACUGAGAGCAGUUUGACUGACAUUCUGGUUCGAAAAUCGGCUUCGAGAUACGGUACUCUAGAUCCUAAAGUAUUACUUGAGCUCUUCUGCCUCUAUCGUGAGUGGCAAGAUGAGAAAGCAAAAAGAAUCAGUGAAAGACAGGAGGAGUUGGAAAACAAAAUCGAAAUUGCAGACGCGUUAGCCGCUAAGCUUAUGCAGCGUUUCAAUUACUCAGUCUCAGCUAUGCGGACAACUGCACAAAACUUGGCAGAAGUUCACCCAUUGCAAGUAGAAGUUGGGGAGCUCAAAGGAAGACUCACUGAGGUGAUCAGCAGUUGUGACACUUUAUGCAAGAGGAUUGAUGCAGAGGGGCCAGAAGCACUCCGAUCAUCAGUGAAGCCAUUUUCAGCAAAUAAUUCACUUGCCCCUUGUGUAAAUGACCCCAAAUAGUUGGGAUAAUACUCAGAUUAUGAUGAUGAUGCACUCACCCCUCGUGUCUUAGAGAAAGAGUCUAGAGAUCAUGGUCUUAGUUAGAAGCCAGAUUAUUCUUCAAAGAUGGCAUUCAGAUUAUAUAGGUCGUUGGUUUUUUGGCUCUCUUUACUUCUAGUUUGCAACCUAUUUGGCAUCCAAAACCACCUAUUCGUUUGAAAACAAAUUUAGGCAUUUGGAUUCCUUUUGAAUGGGGUGUUUGCCAUUGAUCUCUGGUGCCUUGACCUGUAUAUGAAAUUACAUUUUUAGAUAUUUCGUGAAUUUUGUAAGUAAUGCACCAAACCUUUUGAACAUC